AUGGGCAUAUUUUGUUUUGAAUUUUUGUUGAAAGUGAUAGCAUUUGGAUUUGUUCUUCAUAAAGGUUCAUACCUCCGUUCGGGAUGGAAUAUUAUGGAUUUUAUUGUUGUUGUCUCAGGGGUUGUAACAAUGUUGCCUUUCACUUCGUCAGAUGGCGAAGGUCGAGGGUCAGUGGAUUUGAGAACUUUACGUGCUGUACGUGUGCUCAGGCCACUAAAACUCGUUUCUGGCAUUCCAAGUUUACAAGUAGUACUGAAGUCAAUUCUUUGUGCGAUGGCACCAUUAUUACAAAUUGGUUUAUUAGUGCUUUUUGCCAUUGUUAUAUUUGCAAUUAUUGGAUUGGAAUUUUAUUCGGGAAUAUUUCAUUCCGCAUGCUAUAAUGCACACGGUGAUAUCGAGAACCUAAGUGACCGUCCAUUUCCAUGUUCAAAUAAGUCAGCAGCAACGGGUGCGUAUAACUGUGAGAUUGAGGGUACAGUAUGCCUUAGUCAAUGGAUAGGACCCAAUUAUGGUAUCACCUCCUUUGAUAAUAUAGCAUUUGCCAUGAUUACUGUAUUCCAAUGUAUUACUAUGGAAGGAUGGACUACUGUCAUGUAUUAUACGAAUGAUUCACUUGGAAGUACAUACAACUGGGCUUAUUUCAUACCUCUUAUUGUUCUUGGUUCAUUUUUUAUGCUCAAUCUCGUCCUCGGUGUCCUCUCUGGUGAAUUUGCAAAAGAACGUGAAAGAGUUGAAAAUCGUCGAGAGUUUCUGAAAUUACGCCGACAACAACAAAUUGAACGUGAACUUAACGGUUACUUAGAAUGGAUCUUAACUGCUGAAGAAGUAAUUCUUAAGGAAGAACGAACAACUGAAGAAGAAAAAGCUGCUAUUAUGGAAGCACGACGACGAGCAGCUGCUAAAAAAUUAAAACAUGCAAAUAAACGACAAAAUACAGAAAUAGAAGAAGAUAUGGAAGAAGAAGAAGACGAAGAAGAUUACGUGAACUCUGAAUGCGAAGUCUUCUUUAACACUGCCUGCGUUGCCUCGGAGCAUUACGGUCAACCCGAAUGGUUUACAGAAUUUCUCAAAUAUGCGGAAUAUGUCUUCUUGGGAAUAUUCAUUUGUGAAGUGCUAAUGAAACUGUUUGCAAUGGGUCAUCGUGCCUAUUUUGCAUCAAAAUUUAACCGUUUCGAUUGUAUUGUUAUUGUUGGGAGUGCUUUUGAAGUUGUUUGGGCCGAAUUAAAAGGUGGAUCUUUUGGGAUUUCUGUACUUCGGGCUUUACGACUUUUACGUAUCUUUAAGCUGACCUCGUAUUGGGUAUCAUUACGUAAUUUGGUGCGUUCACUUAUGAAUUCAAUGCGUUCCAUUCUCUCACUGCUCUUCCUCCUUUUUUUGUUUAUACUUAUAUUUGCCUUACUGGGUAUGCAGUUGUUUGGUGGGAAAUUUAGCUUUCCUUCCGGACAUCCAUACACGCAUUUUGAUACGUUUCCGGUGGCCUUAAUUACAGUCUUCCAAAUUUUGACGGGAGAGGACUGGAACGAAGUAAUGUAUCUUGCAAUCGAGUCACAAGGUGGCAUUUAUGGUGGUGGCAUGGUAUAUUGCAUAUAUUUUAUAGUCCUCGUACUUUUUGGCAAUUAUACUUUGCUAAACGUUUUCUUGGCAAUUGCUGUGGAUAACUUAGCCAAUGCACAAGAACUGACAGCAGCUGAAGAAGCUGAUGAACGAGCAAAUGAACUAUCAGAGGAUUCUGAAAUUUUAGAUGAACAGGAUAAUGAACAAAGUGGCAUUGAUGCUGAAGAGAAAUCAGAUGGUAAUAUAUCAGAAAUACAAGAAAUAGAUGAAGAAUAUGAAGAAGAAGAAAGUCCAUUCGGUGGUCCACGACCUAUGGUACCAUUUUCUUCCAUGUUCAUAUUUUCUGCAACAAAUCCGUAAGU